UGUAUUUUACAUCUGCACGGAAAUGCGUGUUGUGACAAAAAGUGAUGACUUGGCGCCUGAAAAACACAUCAACAUUUUGGAAGGUUGAGAAUUUGCGAAUCAUAGGAAAUUGGUCAUCGAUGGGCUGAGACGGAAAUAAAUGUGUCAGAUCUGACGAAGACCUCUGCCUGCAUGUCCUGGUGCUGAUGUACCUGACAGCCGCACUGAUAUCGCAAGUGCACGCCUCCCCUCUUCUUGAGUCUUCGGGAGAAUCUGAAGACUUCCUCGGAACGACUGAAGAUCCCAGAGAUGCUGCAGUAUUGAAUCUUGAACCUUUGGCCCUGUUCAUCUGGAACAUUGCCAUGGAACAGCAGAAACAGCAGUUAUGCAACUAUUUUCUCAUGUGCAAUGGAAGUGCAAGUUCACUGGAGAUAUACAAAAUGGACCUCCCACAGAUUCGAAAGAGGGAUAAAUGUUUCCAAGGAAACUUCCAAAAGAAAAAAUGUUUAUCCAAGAUUAUCAAGAGAUUUCAGGAGUACAAAAAGUACCUGUUAUUUGUGCGACAGUGGAUUAAGCAUGAUAGUCGUCAAGUGGAUGCAAUGCUGAGCAGUACAAAGAUUUUGGUUGACUUGCUCCCACUGGAGAGCCACAUCCGCGAACGCAUUGCUCAGCAGGAUAAAAGUAAUGGGGCGGCUUUCAUUCAGGAGCAAUCUUCAAAGAGGGACUGGGAUAAGCAAGUGGCAAUUCACGUGAUUCUUAAAAACUUUGUUCUCUAUAUGGAGAGUACUGUUCGAGUUGUUCGAUUCAUUAAAUUCAUUCCUACAACUGUUUCUUUAUAAGAGCAAUGGCAACAAUGUAUGAACGUUCUAGUUCACAUAUGUUUCGGAAAAUUUACUUUUAUGGUAAAUAACACCAUUGUUCUACGUUCAGAACCAAUUGUUUUUGGUUUAUGUUCAUUUCUGUGAAAAAUGAAAACUAUGAAUUUUAUUGGCCUAUUUAUAAUAUUUUAAUUGAGUAUUUAUUUUGCAGAACUAUCAGUUUAAUAUUGUGGUAAAAAUCCAGUUUUAUCAUUAUGCUCCUUAA